AAGUCGUAAAGGCCACAAGUCCUUGUCCCUCGGGCCGGCUUUCGUCUUCAGGAGUGGAAAAGACUUCAAAGUGCUCUUGGCACAGUCGUCUGCCAUCGUUUCGACGUGGGACGAAAGAAAACGAAGGCCCUCCAAGUGAAAGUCGACGGGUCGACGCGUAAUCGCAUAUUCGACGGGGUGACGUCGUUCGAAUCGAUUCGGUUGAUAAGCCGUCGUCGAUUCAUCGAGCCGUUAUCACUCGUCUGAACCUUCUUGGAAAAAAGACUAGAAGUAAACAAAUACAUCUAUGGAAGUAAUGGAGAUCCAGCCUUAAAUGAAGAAGAACAAGAAGUUCGACUGUUAGACGACAUAGGUCAGAUUGGCAGAGAAGCUAUCACAUAUCAAGAGCAUUUUGUGGAGCAGUGUGGCCCUCGGAAGAAGGGUCAUCCUCACCUGGUUAAGAAUGGGCCAUGCGAGGUUGAUACACAGACACUUACUUUUGGGCCAAAGCCCAUGUAUGUGCAUGGAUGCAGGUUGCUCGAUGUGCCCCACCUAAAUGAAUGGUGCAACUCCUUGAUUCUAUAUAGAGAGCGUAUGGAUGCAUCUGAAAUGUCCGGGAGUAUGACAUUUGAGGCAGGAUGCGACCCGGAGAAGAAAUCGCUCGCACUCACAAAUGGAACCGUUUCAGAUUCAGUCGAAUGUGUCAUUUUCCAGCAGUUUGACAUAUUUGCCCAGGGGUUCUCGGCCAUGGAGGACAUACGCAGACAAGGCAAACUGUGCGAUGUCACCCUUAAGGUUGAUGAUCUAUCGUUCAGUGGCCACAGGCUUGUUUUGGCAGCAUCCAUUCCUUAUUUCCAUGCUAUGUUUUUGAAUGAUAUGGCUGAAAGCAAACAGAAAGACAUCACAAUUCAUGGCAUUGAUGCUGUGGCCCUGGAAGCAUUAGUAAACUUUGCAUAUAGUGGAAAAGUCACAAUAAACACAAAUAAUGUUCAAAACCUCAUGGUUGGUGCAUCCUUCCUUCAAUUAAUGAAAGUCAGAAAUGCUUGCGCAGAUUUUCUGAAAAGGAGAUUCCACCCUCAUAACGUCCUGGGCAUCAGACAAUUUGCUGACACCCUUGGCUGCACUAUCCUAGUUGAAUCUGCUGACAAAUAUAUACAGCAGUAUUUCCAUGAUGUAUCACUCUCGGAUGAAUACAUGGCUUUAGAUAUUAACGAAUUACUUGAUAUAGUGAAAAGAGACGAACUUUAUGUCAUUUCUGAAGAGCAGGUGUUUGAAGCGAUAAUGCGCUGGGUGAAAAAAGACUGCGAACUCCGAAAGUUAGAACUGCCCAGGCUUUUGGCCUCGGUCAGACUGCCGUUGUUGGCCCCACAUUAUUUGGUCGACAGCGUUGCUACUGAAGAGCUAAUCCGUACAUCACACGAAUGCCGGGACCUCGUAGAUGAGGCGAGGGACUACCAUUUGAUGCCUGAAAGGCGACCUCUUCUCCAGAGUUUCAAAACAAGACCGAGACGUUGCAAUUUCAUUAUGGGGCACAUAUUCGCCGUCGGAGGCCUUACCAAAUCAGGUGAUUCGGUAUCAACAGUGGAAGUGUUUGACCCUGUAGUCGGCAGGUGGAGGAUGGCAGAAGCUAUGAGCAUGCUCAGAUCUCGUGUGGGAGUCGCUGUCUUGAAAAACAGGCUGUACGCCUUCGGUGGCUAUAAUGGCACAGAGCGGCUUUCAACUGUUGAAGUUUUCGAUCCAGUUAAGAGAAUCUGGAGUAAAGUCUCACCCAUGCACUGCAAAAGAAGUGCUGUAGGUGCUGCAGCUUUAAAUGACUGUCUUUAUGUGUGCGGUGGUUAUGAUGGCGUUUCCUCCUUAAACACAGUUGAAUGCUACCAACCUGACACAGACACUUGGAUGAUUAUAACAUCAAUGCAGAAACACAGAAGCGCCGGUGGUGUCAUUGCUUUCGAAGGCUUUGUCUAUGCGCUGGGAGGCCAUGAUGGCUUGUCUAUUUUUGAUUCAGUUGAACGUUAUGAUCCACACACUUGUGAAUGGACAUCUGUCACAUCGAUGAUGACGAAAAGGUGUAGACUUGGUGUGGCGACUCUAAAUGGGAAGCUGUACGUAUGCGGUGGCUAUGAUGGUGUCACGUUCCUCCAUACGGUGGAAAUGUACGACCCUGUGACUGACAGAUGGAAAUUUGUUGCAUCAAUGAACGUCAUGAGGAGCCGUGUCGCCCUGGUCGCCAACAUGGGAAAGCUUUGGGCGAUCGGGGGCUACGACGGCACGUCGAAUUUACCUACAGUCGAGGUAUACGACCCCAACACAGACUCUUGGUCUUUCGCCUCAUCAAUGUGCGCCCAUGAGGGCGGUGUAGGUGUAGGUGUAAUACCAAUUUGUAAACUCGAAUAAGGCUCAGCUACAUCUGGCCGGAGCUAAUUCUGCUCAAAACCAGGUAGACUCCGAAAUUCAGUUUCAAUAACUCUCAAGGCAUCU